UAACAAUGAGAUGUUUGGAUAAACAAAACGAUGUUUCGAUAAUAUGUCAUCAAGUUACUUUAUGAUUAGAAAAACAUUUUCUGCUGGAGCUUGAUCCAUAUAGCUUUCUAGAAUGGACUUGGCCGUCAAGUGGAUUACGAGUCCCGUUAAAAUCACUUGUCAAGUGGCUACUGGCAAUUUCUCAGGUGCUAAUGAAACGACCAAGGACCUUGUUGUUUCGACACCGGUCAUCUCUCACGCAGCAGCUGGAGUCGUCAAACUGUGUGGAGAAGAUGAAGCUGCCUCUCAGUUGUGGAGCAACAGCAACAAGAAUUUGAAUCACAUUACCAAUUCUAUUCCUGUUGUCGGCCACGCCAAAGGACUGGUGCAUUACGCCUGUGAUGAUCCUAAAGGUGGGAACGAAGCCAUGACAACAGCCAACAAUUCCACAGCAGCCAUUGGAAAUUGCGUCGGAGAACUUUUGGCCGUCGUCCCCAAAACAGGUGUGGCUUUAGUGACGAUUGCUGCGGAAACGGGGACCAAUAUUGUGGAAACCAUUCAUCCAAAUUCUGCUUCGUGGGACACUUGGGAAAAUGAUCAAUGAUCUAAUCCAAGA